AUAUCUUCAAAGUGUUGGUGUCUGAAUUAGAGUUACAAUCCAAACGAUUGCAUCGGUAAAAUUAUUUGAGAGUAAUGCCAUCGUAAGAGUGUUUGUUGGAAUUUGGAAAUGAAUUUUUUUUUUAUUUGUUAUUAAUGAUAUAUCAGAUUCUUGAAAUGUUGGGUCUUCCUCAGCGCUGUCAAUGGCUAUAUGUCAUUUCCUGAAAUUCUUGUUUGUCAUUGGUGUUUGGUGUACUGCUUAUGUUACCAUUGCAAUAAUUUUCUAUUUUCGGGGCUUCAGCUCUCUCUGUACCUUCUUAUUAGCGCAGCUAGCAUUUUAAAGAAACUACAAUGGGCUAUGCACAACUUGUAAUUGGCCCUGCAGGCAGUGGGAAGUCCACAUAUUGCUCUAGUUUGUACCAACACUGUGAAACAGUUGGGCGGUCAAUAAACAUUGUGAACCUCGAUCCAGCGGCAGAAAAUUUUGACUAUCCUGUGGCUAUGGAUAUCAAGGAACUCAUUUCCUUGGAUGAUGUUAUGGAGGAACUGGGUCUCGGUCCCAAUGGAGCUCUGAUUUAUUGCAUGGAAGAGCUUGAAUACAAUCUGGAUGGCUGGUUUGCAGAAGAGCUGGAAAAUUACAGGGAUGAUGACUAUCUAGUUUUUUGACUGCCCAG